AUGACGACUGUCGAUAUCCCCACGAAGCAAAAGGCCGCCAUCUACGACCAGCCCGGUACGAUUUCGACCAAGGUUGUGGAAAUAGAUGUGCCAGAGCCUGGUGCUGGCGAGGUUCUCAUUAAUCUGACUCAUUCUGGCGUAUGCCAUUCUGACUAUGGAAUUAUGACCAACACCUGGAAAACGCUCCCAUACCCGACUCAGCCCGGUCAAGUUGGAGGCCACGAAGGUGUCGGCAAGAUCGUCAAGCUCGGUGCAGGCACCGAGUCUUCCGGUCUGAAGGUCGGCGAUCGAGUCGGUAUCAAAUGGGUUGCCAGUGCUUGCGGAAAUUGCCAGCCCUGUGGAGCUGGAGUCGAUGGACUGUGCUUCAACGUGAAGGUCUCUGGCUACUACAACCCAGGAACGUUCCAACAGUACGCCCUAGGUCCGGCCAACUACGUGACACCAAUUCCCGAUGGUCUAGACUCCGCCGCCGCCGCUCCAAUGCUCUGCGCUGGUGUGACGGUCUACGCAGCCCUGAAGCGUAGUAAUGCCCGCCCCGGUCAGUGGGUAGUCAUCUCCGGUGCUGGAGGCGGCCUCGGCCAUAUUGCAGUGCAACUCGCCAGCAGGGGAAUGGGUUUCCGCGUGAUUGGCAUCGACCACGGCAGCAAGGCAGAGCUUGUCAAGGAAUCUGGGGCAGAGCACUUCCUCGACAUUACACAGUUCCCCAAGGACGAUAACGGUGCCGCCCUGAAGAAGCACGUCCAAUCAUUGACAGAGGGACUGGGCGCCCAUGCUGCGGUUGUAUGUACGGCUGCAAAUGCAGCGUAUGCGCAGGCGUUGCCGCUACUGCGCUUUAAUGGCACCCUUGUUUGCGUUGGAAUCCCUGAAAAUGAGCCACAGGCUAUUGCGACUGCCUUCCCGUCUUCUUUCAUUAAUAAACAUUACACUGUGACAGGUUCCGCGGUCGGAAAUCGCCUCGAGGCCAUUGAGACGUUGAAUUUUGCUGCUCGUGGUGUUAUUAAGGCUCAUUAUCGGGUGGAGAAGAUGGAUGCUCUUACUUCAGUAUUCCAGGAGAUGGCUGAAGGGAAGCUUCAAGGCCGUGUUGUUCUGGAUCUGUCGGACUAA